AUGCUGGCACGUUUUGCUAGGGUCACUCCCAGAUUUGGGCGUGGAUUCGUUUCCGCGGCGAAGGUCUCCUCAAAGGAAAUGAACAUGUGCACGGCGAUCAAUGAUGCGCUACAUAUUGCUAUGGCGGAGGACUCAACAACUACCGUUUUUGGAGAAGAUGUAGCUUUCGGCGGUGUGUUCAGAUGCUCAGUUGGUUUACUGGAGCGCUUUGGCGGUGACCGUGUUUUUAACGCCCCUAUUUGUGAGCAGGGUAUAGUGGGAUUCGGUAUAGGCAUGGCAGCCCUGGGGUCUAGGGCGAUCGCAGAAAUACAAUUCGCCGAUUACAUUUUUCCGGCGUUCGACCAGAUUGUCAAUGAGGCUGCUAAAUUUAGGUACAGAUCAGGCGGUAGUUGGGAUGUUGGAAAACUUACCAUACGCUCUACUUGGGGAGCAGUUGGUCAUGGAGGACUGUAUCAUUCGCAAUCUCCGGAGUCCCAAUUUGCGCAUGCCGCUGGACUAAAGAUUGUUGUUCCAAGAGGUGCAUAUCAAGCAAAAGGGCUGCUACUGAAAUCUAUAAGGGAUAACAACCCUGUGAUAUUCUUCGAACCAAAAGCACUGUACAGAGCGGCAGUCGCAGACGUUCCCCUGGGAGACUACGAACUGGAGUUGUCGAAGGCUGAUGUUGUGAGAGAGGGAAGCGAUGUGACAAUGGUUGGAUAUGGCAGUUCCGUUGGCCUGAUGCUCAAGGCUGCCGACUUAGCCAAAGAGCAGUUGGGGAUAGAAGUGGAAGUAAUAGACCUGCAAACCGUACUCCCGUGGGACGUAGACACUAUGGAUAAGUCGGUGUCAAAGACUGGAAGAUUGAUCAUCACACAUGAGGCGCCAAAGACCCUGGGUAUGGGAUCUGAAAUCGCAUCAACCAUGGCAGAGAGGCACUUUUUCAAGCUGGAAGCCCCAAUAGAAAGAGUAUGCGGAUACGACACACCCUUUCCCCUUGCGUUCGAGAAGUUUUACCUGCCAGAUCAAUUCAAAUUAUUGGAUGCCGUGAAGCGUGUGUGUCAAGUAUGA